UCGCCGGGAGACUUCAGGCAUCAUCAUCCUGAUCAAUUUUCACCUGCUCCCGAAAGUCUCACGUAAGACGGUGACAGGGUUCAUGGCAGGGCUCAUGAAAUCCUGCUGUUAAUAAUGAGACUAGCAAGGACAAAGAGCUGGUUACCGCUUUCAGUCGAAGUUUUAACUGAUGCCUAGCUUCCCAUCGCAAUAAAGCUGUUUGUAGCCCGCAACAUUCCAACACCAGACAGCAGCACCCGCAAACACUGCCCUCUACGCACACCUGACCAUUACAAUGAGUUCUCCAAUUCAAAAGGACGCAUUCUGGGGCCCGCCAACGUCCCAUGCAAAUUUCUGCGAAGCGGACUAUACCAUAACCCGCUACAUCGCCGAAUUCAUCAACACCCUGACCAACCUCACCUACAUUCUCUACGCCAUCCACGGCCUCCGCCAUCUCCCCCACCACCUCUCUCCCUCACUUUCGCGCCGUAUUCCAUACUACGGCCUCGUCGGCGUAGGCCUCUGCUCCGCCGGCUUCCACCUGAGCCUCAAGUAUCACACGCAGAUGAUGGACGACCUCUCCAUGCUCCUCACCACCACCCCGCUCCUCCACCGCGUGCUGACAAUCAACACCAGCGCACAGACCUCGUCGCGCGUGGCGCUGGCGCUGGGAGCCGCGCUGCUGGGCCUCGCGACCAUGCACGUAGUGACGGACGAGCUGGUCCUCCACGCAGUGGGCUUCGUGGGCAGUGUGACGGUCAUCGGGGUGCGGACGAUGCAGUUGAUCCAGCAGCGGACGAGCCGGGGGUCCGUUGCAAGGAAGGAGUUGUGGGCGUUGGUGCGGUUUGGGGCUGUGAUAUUCAAUGUGGGGUAUGUCGUCUGGCUGGUGGAUGGGUGGGCGUGUUCGGUUUUGCGGAGGUGGAGGGCGGCGGUGGGGGUGCCGUGGGCGUUUGGGUUGGAGUUACAUGGGUGGUGGCAUAUCUUCACCGGGGUGGGCGCUUACACCUUCAUUGCGGUGAUUGACCACCUCGUCUCUGACGCGGAGCAUACGGAGCUGCAGAGGUCGGUGGCGUGGCCGUUGAGUUGGAUGGUCAGCAGGACAGCAGAAGCCAAGGUGAAGGAGUGAGGGUUACUGUCCCAACACAUUGAGUUGUACCUCGUUUUGUGGACUGUGGUAUGCCUCGAUAUGAGUAAUCCGACGGCAUUUCCUCUCCACAUCCUGGCCCCACCUCCCACAUUUGCUGACCCCACCCUUCCUCCACAUGCACAAUUUGUACUCAUCCGAGUACAUGAAAUCCAGCUUCAUCGCCCCGUGGCUAUCCUGCUCUGGGCAUUGGUAAUUUCAAGACAAACGAGAUAAUCGAGUCCGCGGGGCCCCAGACAGAACUCCGCAAAGCUUGUCUCCGUGCCAAAG